UAAUAAUCAUACUCGCCACUAAAGAAAUAUGCGACCCACCCUUCUUUUUUUUACAAAGUAAAAAAAAUAAUAAGCUAACAAAUUUAAUUUAUCUUGUAGUUUAUUCCAUGGCCAACAUCACCAAAAGAGAAUUCGACAUUCUUGAUUUAUCCGGUCAAAGCCCUACAAAUUUUGGCCAUCCUGAUCAUGGUUCAGCACCAGAAUCAAAUGUUAUCCAAGGUGGUGCUCGCGGAUACUUUAAACGUGGACGCGGAAAUAACCGCAACAAAGGGCCGAAUAGGGGCUAUGAAAAUCCAAAUGGAUCAUCCUCCAAAGGAAAAGGAAAAUUCAAACCACCACAGGCUAAAACUUAUGAAAAGCCAAAACCAAGUGGUGAAUGCUACAAAUGUGGCAUAAAAGGACACUGGGCGAAUGAAUGUCGAACGGCAAAACAUUUGGUUAAAUUAUACCAGGCUUCCACAAAAGGAAAAGGGAAAAAUGUGGAAGCUAAUUAUGCUGAUGAUAUCAAUCCAAUUUUGCCUAAAUUUGACGUGUCCGAUUUCUACAUGGAUGAUGCUGAAAUUGGUGAUGAACCGCGCACACCUUCUUCUUCUUCACCUUCGAUCGCCGUCGACUUGCAGCCGCCAGACGCCGUUCUUCACCGGACAUCCUCCCUGCCGUUCGACCACGCCGGCAUCGCCCGAGCCAGACGCCGCUCAUCGCCGGUCGCCCUUCCCCAGACAAUCGCCGCCGCUGCUUCCUUCGCCAGAGGUCCGCCGUCAGCAUCAGCGCCGCCGACGACGGUUCACCUCGUCGUUCUGCCGGUCGUCGCCUCCACUGCCAGCGUCGGUCGUCCUCGUCAUCGAGUUGCAGCGCCGUCAAUCGCCGCUGUUUCGCCUUCGCCGGAAGUCCACCGCUCAUCACCGUCGAGCGCCGCCGUCGCCCUUAGCUCAGGUGGCCUACGAGCAGAUGUUCCCGGCCAUGAUGGCCCAUUAUAUGCAGCACAUGGCGCAGCUUAUGCCCAUGUUCCAGCCACCGCCACCACCACAGCCGCAGCCGCGCAUCGUUACCUUCAAGACAUUGAAGGAGGAGCGGAAGAGUUUCAAAGAGACAAGAUGGGGGAGCCCCAGAUUGCAUUGGAUUGGCUUAAGCAGAUGGACCGGGAUCCACACACGCCCAAGCCUUGGACCUGGGAUCGCUUUAAUCGAGCCUUCACGAAGGAGUACGUCCCCACCCGGUACCGCGAGGAGAGGUGCGAUGAGUUUGUUGCGCUUAAGCACGAGGGGAUGUCACUGCCUGCACUGAGACAGAAGUUCGACUACCUGUCCCAGUAUGCGACGAGUCUGGUCUCCACUCCGGAGGAUCGUUUGAAUGAGUUCGUCAAGAAGCUAAGGCCGGACUUGAGGUCAUACGCCGCGCUGAUCACGACGACAGAUUUUAAUGCGGCGUAUGAUUUGAUUGUGAAGACGGAAAAGAGCUUGGACGAUCUGCAGGCAACCAAGAAGGAGGAUCGAGCGACGAAAGACCCGCGACCCGCGGCCAGCACCGGGCCGAGCGGGAAGAGUUUUGGAUUCGGGGGAAAGAGGUACGAGAAGGGUUCUUCGAGUGCGCCGCCGCCUAAGAGGAAUCCGACUCAUGUGUUGCCGACCAAUGCUGUAACCCUCGACAAGAGUUUUUCUUAUGAAGAAGAGCCAGUUAAGAUCUUGGCGCGCGAAACUAAAGUACUAAGAAAUAAGACGGUACCUUUGGUAAAGGUACUAUGGCGUAAUCAUGCGGUGGAAGAAGCAACCUGGGAGACCGAAGAAUCUAUGCGAACUCAGUACCCUCAUCUCUUCGGCGACCAAUGACUCAGGAUAGUAAAAACUAUAAUAAUACUACUUUGGGAGUAAUAAAUAUAUAGUAAAAUAUUUAUCUUAUAAAUAUUUGUUUAUAAUAUUUUGUGUAUAUUUCUAACACUUUAGAAAAAUAACUUUGAACACAAAAUAAAAUUUUCUUCUCUCUAAAAUGGGAUGGCCGAAAGUUGUGGUGUGUAUAUUAAAAAUCAAGACCUCAUUUUAUAAUAAAGGGCAAUCAACAGCCUGUCGUUUAUGUUUCUCUUCUUUCCGAUGACCUUCUCUGUUGUUCCACCAUUUAAACAGACCCUUCAAGAUAAUGAAUCUCUUCAGCUCCUCUCCUUUAAUACUCACCUCUUUGAGAAAAAAGAGGAUGGCACUGUGCAAUUUGAGGAAACCGUGUAGUUCGAUGUUCUUCUUCUUUCAACGUGGGAGUAAGGGCUGCUGGGAUGUGAGAAGACCUACAGGUUAAGGUGGAUGCGCUACUGGUUGAGGCCAGAUUUGAAAAACUAUAGGUUGAUCAGUGAAAUCCUCUCUUUGACAGUGUACAUUUUUCCAGGUUACAUCAUUUUAAACUAUUCCUUGAUGCCCCCUUUGAUCCCAUUCAAGUAUCUCUCCACACAAAUUUGCGAACAAGAACAAGAACAUGCUUGCUUUUGUAAGGAUUUUAAAGAAAUUUGCAAAAGAGGGGUGGUAAAAGGAGAUAAAGUUGCAUAUGAACCUUUCCAACGCUUUGAAGUCAUUCUUUGUGUGAGAGAGACACCUGAAUCAUGGGCUACAAUGAAAAUACUUGCUGCACUAACAAGUUGCAAUAUGUGGUACAUAUCUGAUUCUUACAAUGCAUUCGAAUUUGAAAAUAUCAUUAUAAAUCAGUGACUAUUUGUGUACUUGGACUCAACUAAAGUUUGACUUUGAAAUUCACUCCAGUUACAACACCUACUUUUUGAGCAUUCUUUAAGUUUUAUUUUCAUAAAAGGUAUUAAAUUGGUCCAACAUUCUUUAAGCAUACAAACCUGAUUGGGCUAUCAGUAGUAGAUAGGUGGCCACACCCGCUCAAGUUCAAGAGGUAUCAUGAAAACCGUUAUUAGAUACUCCUCUCUUAUCAAGAUUCCAGGUUUGACAUGCCAUGUUUUUUCAUAUCUAGAGUAUAUUAUUUUGCUUCUUGACUUCCAAAUUUGGCUUUAUGGUGAUCCAAAUCAGACCUAAUAAGCCCAAUAUUCCUACUCAGUACUAGGCUAUUGGACAAAAGAAACUUAAUACUACCUGAUUCUAAAUAUCAAUUGCUCUCUGAUUAUCAUUGGUAUUGAUAUGUAGCAUAGUUAUUAAUGGCGAGU